GACCGCUAGCAAGCUCUCAGACAACACAGGCAUCACGCGUGCUGUACCACCACCGGUUGGUUCGUUCGCCGGCGGCGGCACCGCGGUGAUCAGCGAUGGGGGAGUUGGUGUGGGCGGCGCUGGCGGGGGUUCUGGUGCCGCUGGCCGCGGUGGCGCUGGACGCCGCGGUGCGGGCGGCGCACGCGUGGUACUGGACGGCGUCGCUGGGCGCCGGGCGGCGCGGCAGGCUGCCGCCGGGCGACAUGGGGUGGCCGCUCGUCGGCGGCAUGUGGGCCUUCCUCCGCGCCUUCAAGUCCGGCAGGCCGGACUCCUUCAUCGACUCCUUCGCCCGACGGUUCCGGCGGGCCGGGCUGUACAGGGCGUUCAUGUUCAGCAGCCCCACGAUCUUGGUGACGACGCCGGAGGCGUGCAAGCAGGUGCUCAUGGACGACGACACCUUCGUCACCGGGUGGCCCAAGGCGACCGUCGCGCUCAUCGGGCCCAAGUCCUUCGUCAACAUGGGCUACGACGAGCACCGCCGGCUGCGCAAGCUCACGGCGGCGCCCAUCAACGGCUUCGACGCGCUCACCUCCUACCUGGGCUUCAUCGACGAGACCGUGGUGACCACGCUCCGGGGCUGGGCGGACCGGGGCUCCGACGGCCACUUCGAGUUCCUCACGGAGCUGCGGCGCAUGACGUUCCGGAUCAUCGUGCAGAUCUUCAUGGGCGGCGCCGACGAGCGCACGGCGGCCGAGCUGGAGCGCACCUACACGGAGCUCAACUACGGCAUGCGCGCCAUGGCCAUCGACCUGCCCGGCUUCGCCUACCACAAGGCCAUCCGCGCGCGCCGCAGGCUCGUGGCGGCGCUGCAGCGCGUGCUGGACGAGCGGCGGGCCAGGGGCUGCAGGAAGACCGCCGGGGUGGACAUGAUGGACCGGCUGAUCGCCGCGGAGGACGAGGGCGGGCGGCGGCUGCAGGACGACGAGAUCAUCGACGUGCUCGUCAUGUACCUCAACGCCGGCCACGAGUCCUCCGGCCACAUCACCAUGUGGGCCACCGUGUUCCUGCAGGAGAACCCCGAAAUCCUCGCCAGGGCAAAGGCGGAGCAGGAGGCGAUCAUGAGGAGCAUACCGCCGGGGCAGAAGGGGCUCACCCUCCGGGACUUCAGGAAGAUGGAGUACCUCUCACAGGUGGUCGACGAGACGCUGCGCUUCGUCAACAUCUCCUUCGUGUCGUUCCGCCAGGCGACCCGCGACGUCUCCGUCAACGGCUAUCUGAUACCCAAGGGGUGGAAGGUGCAACUCUGGUACAGGAGCGUGCACAUGGACCCUCAGGUGUACCCUCACCCCAACAAGUUCGACCCUUCAAGAUGGGAGGGCCCGCCGCCGAGGGCCGGGACGUUCCUGCCGUUCGGGCUCGGCACGAGGCUGUGCCCGGGCAACGAUCUCGCCAAGCUCGAGAUCUCUGUCUUCCUCCACCAUUUCCUCCUUGGCUACAAGCUGACAAGGAAAAAUCCGAACUGCCGGGUGAGGUACCUGCCGCACCCCCGGCCGGUGGACAACUGUCUGGCCAAGAUCACCAGAGUCUCAUCCUCCCAUUGAUGGUGAUGAAAACAGAGAAUCCAAAACCCUAGACGGCGUCGCCGAGAAGCGCCAAAUUCAGGAGAACUCAUAUGUCCAAAUAAAAUAAAUAAAUCGCGAGGAAUCGUUGUCGCGAUGAGUCAAAGUUGCCAUCGUUCCUUGUUUUUAGCUCUGUCCUAGGACUCAGACAUGUUAUGCUGAAAAAGACAUUUAUGUCGAAACAAAAAUAUCAAUAGUGUUGGCGCCAAA